UUCCAGUAUUUGACUGGGGCUCCAAUCCGGCACUACAAUGGUGAUAUCGGUAUCAGCGAGUACCAACAACUAGGGCACGGAUACCAUCUUCAGAGCCAAAAGUUUCUUCAACUAUUGUCACCCAUUCCAGGUAGGCAAUAAAAGUUCUACUGGAUUCACUUUGUUUUAGUCUUUUUCCUGCUUCACUAAGGAAGGCAGCAGCUGGACAUGAAGCCAUGAUGGCGAUUAUUUUACAUCCAGGUAGGAUGCAGUUCUUCAGAUACACACAGAACAACUUCAAACAGAUGGUAUCGGCCGAUACUGCACAGCCAGGUAUCAGGGCCAAAAAUUGGCAUUGCCGCAACGCUAGUUUUUAGUUGCUGCUGAAGUAAAAUAAUGUGCAAUAAACACCUAAUAAUGUAGUUACCUAACCUAACAGAGUGUGACUGUAGUAGAGGAGGAGUCCCAGAAGAACGGCGAGUGGCUCCUCAUGCCGCUGCUGAUUUACAUUUUCCUAUGCAAACUCUGACAAUUUGACCUGUUGGAGCAUUUAGGACGUCUGUCUGUCCGCCCUCAUAGUGUAGAAGAAUAGAUUAGAGCAGAAACAUGCAAAUGGGAGUUUAUCUUCCAGGGCAGCUCAGUGUAGAGCAGACAAUCACCUUUGUGAGACAGUCAGGCUCAUUAGUGACGGCUGGGAACAAAAUGUGAAGACAUCUGGAAGAAAAACUGGGAUAUCUUGACGUUAACAACAGAAACUAACAUGGAGAUUCAUCGCUACCUCUGGAUUCUCUCCAUGUUGACCUCUUGUGAGAGCGCGGUGAGCGGCUUCAACGACAGGUCGGGUCUGAGCGACACUCAGACGGACUGGAUGAAACAGAUCCCCGAUGAAACUCGCAUCUCGGCUAUCGCCAUUCCUGGAACUCAUGAGAGCUUGAGACUCAGUGGAGGACCGUUAGCUGCAGCUCAAGUCUGGAGUUUGGAAGAGCAGCUGAAUGUGGGGGUUCGCUAUUUAGACAUCCAUGUUGGCCUUUGGCUUCCGACCAGCAGUGAUGUCACCAUCCGAGAUUCUGCAUGGAAGUCUUUAAAGAGCAUGAGUUUACGCACAGUUUUCCAGAAGGUUUUAGGAUUCCUAGAUGCACACAGCGGGGAGACGGUGCUGAUGAAAGUGACGCUGCACAAACUUAACAAAAACAGAGGGAAGGAAUUGGUGAAAAAGCUGAUUGAGAAGUUUGAAAGAAGAAUCUGGACAAAGGUAGCGGUGCCACUCCUGAAGGAGGUGCGGGGGAAGAUCGUCUUCCUGCAGAAUGUAGAGUUUCCGCAGGGAACAGAAAACCAUAAAUCCUAUUUCUUUGAGUCCAACAAGCUGAGAGAUGUUGAUCGAAAAAUAAAGGAGGUCCAUCAGCAUCUCUGCGGUCAUUACAUCCUCGUGACGCAGACCGUCGCUACGACAUUGGAGAAGCCCAAAGAGCUGGCCCGAUUGGUCAACCCGCAGCUCAGUCAGUUUGUGAGGGAACAUAUGCAGACCUCCACGGCGGGCUGUGUGGGCGUCCUCACUAUGGACUUCCCCAGCGCCCAUCUGAUCAGUGACAUCAUCAAGCUGAGGGUCUGCCCCUGUGGUUCGGCUGCUGGCCACGCCGGAGGGGCCCAACCUGGACCAGAACCGCCGCGCUCAGAACCCGGACCACAAUCGGAACCAGGAGAACAUAUAGGAGAAAAGAAACCAGGGGCGGCAGAACUAGAACCACAUGCACCGGUUCUUCCUGGAGUGCCUUUCAAAAUAAAACACAAACAGGAACCCACAUGGAGAGCGCGUAACUGCCACAGGGGGCGCUAAAGCAUCUGAUCAGGAACCA